AUGGGUAGCAGCCAAGCAGCAGUUUCCUUCCUUAACAACGUCGCUCGAGCGGCUUUCGGUCUCGGUGCCGCGGCUACCAUUCUCAAUUCCUCUCUUUACACCGUCGAUGGAGGCCAACGCGCUGUUCUCUUUGACAGAUUCCGUGGAGUCAUUGACACUACUAUUGGUGAAGGGACCCAUUUCCUUAUCCCUUGGCUUCAAAAGCCCUUUAUCUUUGAUAUCCGUACACGCCCUCACACUUUCUCUUCUGUCUCUGGUACUAAAGAUCUCCAGAUGGUGAAUCUCACCCUUCGUGUUCUCUCUCGUCCUGAGGUGACACGUUUGCCUCAUAUCUUUCAACGCCUUGGGCUUGAGUAUGAUGAGAAGGUGCUCCCCUCUAUUGGCAAUGAGGUGUUGAAGGCUGUGGUUGCUCAGUUCAAUGCUGAUCAACUCCUCACGGAGCGUCCCCAUGUGUCAGCUCUGGUCCGUGACUCACUCAUCAAGCGUGCAAGGGACUUCGACAUUGUGAUGGAUGAUGUGGCUAUUACCCACUUGUCUUACGGAGUGGAGUUCUCAAGGGCUGUAGAGCAGAAGCAGGUUGCCCAGCAAGAGGCAGAGAGGUCAAAGUUUGUUGUUAUGAAGGCUGACCAGGAGAGAAGGGCUGCAAUUAUCAGGGCAGAAGGUGAGAGUGAUGCUGCUAAGCUAAUCUCUGAGGCAACAACAAAAGCUGGUAUGGGGCUGAUUGAAUUGAGAAGGAUUGAAGCAUCAAGGGAGAUUGCUUCAACUUUGGCUAAGUCAUCCAAUGUGGCAUACCUUCCUGGUGGUAACAACAUGCUUCUGGCCCUCAAUGCAAACCGUUGA